AUGACUGCAAAUGUCGUUCAUUACACGACAUUGAUCGAUGCGUGUUUGAGAUGUAAAUGGAUCAAAAGAGCGUUCGAUAUUUUCUCACAGAUGCGGACAGAGAACAUCCAGCCAAAUCAAAUCACCUUCACCUUGAUGCUCGAAGCUUGUGGAUUUCUUGGCGAUUUGGAGCAGGCCAUGGAGAUGGCGGACAUGAUGAGGUGCAGUGGGAUUGAAAUGGACCGCAUUUCGUUCCAAACUCUUAUGUCGCUUUGCGCCACACACGCUGAUGUGGAUGCCGCUCAGCACGUGCUUGACUGGAUGACUGAAUCUAAUCUUCCACCGGAUGAAGACAUCCAUACUUCAAUGAUUCUCACUUACUGCAAUGCUGAUCGUGUUGACGAGGCUCUUCAAAUCCUCAGAAAUGCUGUUGUCGAAAAACAUUUUCGGCUAUCAACGGAGGCAUACGCUCAUCUCAUCAACAGGUUCGGGAAACUUAAGCAGCCUGGUCGAGCUAUGGAGGUCUUCAGGAUGAUACAGGAGAAUGGCCUUUCACCAACCACUCAGAUCUACAAAGCCACAAUCAGUAGUUUCCAUGACGCAAAGUUCUCAGAAUUGGAGCCAGCUAUGGAUUUGUUUGAGGAAGGCAUCAGCCGCGGACUGCUAAACAACUUUGACCUAUCACGCUUGGAAUGGGGCGAAGAAAAGGCUCUGACAGUGAACCUGGUCAAUGAGGGCCCAGGUGUUUCUGUGACAGCUCUUCUUGCAUUGCUUCGGAUGUUGAAGAGGAAGAAUCUGAGGCCUGAGCAAGUCAAUUUGAUGACAACAUCCGAUAAGCUUUUGACGGAUCAAGAAUGGAUUGUGCCAGCCAUCACCACGUCACUCUUGGAAGAGCAGUUGAAAUUGCCUUACGUUUUUGCGCGCGAGUUUGGCGUGCUCACUAUACAGGGCAAAGCUUUAGAUCGAUGUCUGUCGAAGAGGUGCAUUCUGCCAACUUCUUCAAUCAUUAUGCAGACAGAUAGCGAUCGUGAUUCCGACUGGACUGCCUCGUCGAGUCUCGCACGGGUGAAACACAUCUGGGCUGGGGAAUGGGAAACUCUGCAGCAAGCGAGGAUGGAAGAGGUGCGGAAGGAGAAAGGGACUACUGCCAAGGAACUGGAAAACAUAUCGAAUUGGGCAGAGAUGACGAAGGGGAUGUCGAGGGAAGAGAAGAGGACAUUCUUUGUCGAAAUGUUCAGGGAGCGACGCAUUCUCGCAAUGAGAGAGAAGAGAAUAAAGGAACGCUACGGAAAAGUAGUUAGGCUAAAGAAGAGGGUGGGAGAUUUUGGGUAUAUUUAUGGCUCUGAUCCGAAUGAAGCUCACAAUACUGGAGAAGGGAGGGUGGUGGUGAAGCUGUACAGAGAGCCCAGUGAUGACACUCCAAGCAGCAGAGAGGGUGCACUCUCUGGGGAGUUGGAGGAGGAGGAGGAGUUGCCAAUUUCACCUCAUGGCAAGCAUUUAACACCUACAAGGACUAACAGCCAGCAGCCUCCAGAGGGGCUUGACUUGAACCCCCGUGCAGGUUUCAGAAGAACAGAGAGAGAAGAAAGCAGGGUGCAGGCUGACGACAAGGUUGAAGAUGGUGCGUGUCAUGAGUCGAGGGUGGAGAACGAAGUCGAGGAGAGAGCUGACAAGGCUGCAGGAGAGGAUUUGCCUGAAUUUGAUGGCCGACCGAUCACCAGAACGCAUGCAACUCCGAUGUCGGGAGAAGUCAGCAGGCAGGAAAGACUGAUGAAAGAGGGGGCUGCAACUGCUGUCGACAGCGCUGAGGGUGGCUUCUUGCCCCUAGCAAGGGCAGAGAUUGGUCACACUCUGAGCGGACAUGAAGACGCAUCCGGUCAUGCUGACCCUAGCGGACAGGGAAAAUCAGUUAUAGAUGAGAAUCAGAAGACAGCAAAUUCCCAGCAAUCUGCCGCAAGCACGCACGAGCAUCCGUUGGAGGACUCGGAGCAUGGCGUCGUGGAAGCGGAGGGGACACCCAAUGAGCAGCAAAGGAGUGUGGCAGUUGGUGAAGUGCUAGUAGCUCAAGAUCAAGAAGAGGAUGGGGAGAGAGAGAGCGGAAGCGAAGAGCGGAAGGUCGGAGGAGAGGGAGAGAGAGGUGGUGCAGUGAUACAGUGCCAGGCAGUCACAAAGUCAGGGGCAAAGUGUAAGCGGCGGUUGACCGAAGAGGAAGUCAAAGCACAAGGGGGAGUAGUGAAAUGCUGGCAGCACCGGUGAUGAACAUGGAAGCUCGAGACUGGUUCUGAGUCUUCUGACGUCAUGGGAGAAUUGUGAGAGGAGUGGAUAGGGACCUGAUGCAGUCUGACACGUGGAAGAUCAUCGAAGGGAGAUGACCGGCUGUCUGAAAUGUAAGAGAGGAGUGAAAAGACAAACCCAUGCCCGGGAACAGGCCAGAGGAACAGAGGAUGCUGAAGGGUGAUUUUAACCCUUGAAAGGGUCUGCAUGCCUCCUGGGGAUGCCUUCAUAAAAGUCUUAAGCUUUCGAAGUUGCACCCCGACGUGGAGAUGAAAAGUCCCGUCAUCUGUUCAGGGAAAAAUGAUAAUCAUGUUAAGGUAUUAACCCCCCGUCUACCUUUCACAGGCAAACGCAAAACCUCCUAACUAAAGACCACAUUCUUCAGAGGCCGGCUGCCACCGGACCAAAAUGGGACUUUCCAUUUUGGUCCGGCGAUGCCAGCCAAAACAGAGAAAAAAAAAGUCGCACCGGUGCUUCGGCAAAGCUUGGCACGGAGUUCUUUUCCGCCCUGGCAAAAAGAGGCUUGGAGGUAGUGGAAGUUUAGCAUGCUCGGAAAAGGAAUAAAAAUUUGAAAAAUAGAAAACAAUCGCUUCACGUGCAAGGAAAGCUACAAGUUCCUUCAUGGUAUCUUGCUGACUCCGCCGUUUAGGCACCAGCCCUCAAACGGGACCAGAAGAGGCCAGAGGGAGGUGUCACUCGUCGUUGCUAGACAGCAGUUUUUUGUUGUAUGGAAUUAUGGUGCGGAAAGCGGUAGCAAAAGAUGAGGAGGAGGAGGAGGAGCAACAGUUAGAACGAAUAGUAGGAGUAGGAGGCGGCCAAGAAUAGUAGUACGAGGAGCAGAAGACAAAGUAGGAGUCAGCAGAGGAGUAGCAUGAUGGAACAGGAAGAGUUCUAGUAGUUCUAGUAGUUCUAGUAGUUGUAGUAGUUGUAGUAGUAGUAUUAGUUAACAUGAUUGAACAUGAAGAACGUCAGCAGCAGGAGGAGGAGGAGGAGGAGGAGGAGGAGGAGGAGGAGGAGGUACUAGACUUCUCAUCCGUCAUCGUUGGUUAUGGUCGCCAUGCAUUUUUUCAGUUUUGUCGUGUGCUCAUGUUGCGUCGUUGGAAUGCAGAGUGCUUUUCCGCUCGACAGAAACAUGGGGAUCAGAGUCUGCGCAGGCUGGCUAUUGUCGAUGAAUGAAUGAGAAGAGGUUUGCCCACCAUCUAGGGUCAGUUUGCUGUGUGUGUAUUUGUGUGGCUCAGAAGGCAUACUCACACUGGGACUUUUCAGACUGAAUGUGGCCGUUAUGGUGGACUGGGAUUGACCUUGCCAUCGGGAUUGGGACUGGGAGGCGACAAUCAGAUGCAUUCUCGGAAGGCCCAGUUUGAGUAAAGCCUCAAGAGAGGA